AUGUUAAAAUUUAAUAGAUUUCUCACUUAAAAUCUAUUUAAAAAAAGGUAUUAAAAUAUAUAAAUAUAAAUAAAUAAAGAUAAUCUAUAUACAAGUGUUGUAUUAUCACCUAUAUUAUAAAGACAUAGACCUUAAUUAAUACUAUUUGUAUCAGAUCUUACAGAUGAACCCUUUAUGACAUAAUUGAAUUAAUUUAAUUAAAAUAGUGAUUAAUUGGUUUCAGAUAUAUCAUAAAAAAUUAAGUAACCUUUAAAUUGUACAAUAUCAAUGUUAGAAAUUACAAUUGUAUUUUUAUUUAAUUUCUAUUUAGCAUUCUGUACCAUUUGAAAUACAAGAAAAGUUUUUAAAUCCAGCACUUGCAGGUUGUAAAUUAUUGAUCAGUACAGCUAAUGAUAUUCUUGAUUAUGUUACGAUAAGGAAAAAAGGAAAACUAGAAUUAUGUUAAAUGGAUGUUCAUAUAAGGUAUUUAAUUUAUAUUAAUAAUUAGGGAAUUUAUAACUGAUUCAAUAAAUAUUAUUAAAUCUUAAGCUCUAUUUAGAGGAUUAUAAAUUCAAGUAAAUGUUAGACAUAAUGUACCUGCUUUUUUUAGAACAGAUCCUAAUAGAUUAAGAUAAAUCUUAUUAAAUUUAUUAGUAAGUUCAAUUUAAGCUACAAUUAAUGGAACUAUUACUGUAUCUGCAAGCAAAUCAACUUUAAUGUAGGAUCAUAUUGAACUAUUGAUUAAAGUGAAUGCAUCAGAAAUAAAUUAAUCAGUUUUAAAAACAAUUGAUAAAACUGUGAGAUUUUUCAAAUCUUAAAAUUUAUUGGCAUCUACAAUGAUAGAUUUAGCAAAUGCAGGUAGAAAAUAUAGUUAAUCUAUAUUGAUAGCAUUUUGUUUAUCACUUAGUAUAUCAACAAUACCUUUUGAAUAUCAUUAUGAGAAAAAUUUAGAUCAUGAAGAAUUUUGUUUCAAAAUUUAAAUUUAAAACAAAAAUCCAAAUUUUUCAUAAUAAUUAAAUUUUAAAAGAUAAUCUGCUCUAAGUUUUUAACAGUAAAGUUUUAAAUAAUCUUUUUCAAUUGAUCAAGGAUUCCGUAGACAUUAAUCAUCAAGAUAAAGUCUAUUUGAUAAAGCUAGUAUAACAAUAUAAGGAUAAUUAGAAAAAUAGAAACUUAAAUAAUAAUAGUCUUAAUAGUAAUAAUAAUAAAAAUUAUAAUCAUAAUCAUAAGUGUUAGCUACUUAAUCCUAAAGAAAAGAGUCUGCAAUUAAAUUAUCAACAUCUUUUGGAUAAUAAAAUUAAUCUCGUUUCAUAGUACCUAGAACAUCUUAAGGUGAUAUUGAUGUAGAUUUUUUGCCUACUUUUAAGACAAUAAAAUCUUAAGAUUAAAGUAGAAAGAUUAAAUAAAUGAUUUCUCAUUCUAAAUCUGAUAUAUCUAUAGUUUCUGAGUAAGAAUCUAAGGAAUCUAAAGGGGAUAAUGAAAGUUCUCAUAAUAGUUUAGAUGUAGGAGUUCAAUUAGAUUAAUUCUUAUACAAAUAAACAAAUGAAACUGGAAAGAUUAAUGAAAAUGAUUCUCCUUUGGUUGUUAUGCAAUAAUCAAUAGCCUAUACUUAUAAUAAUAAUAUUACACCAAGUAGAAGAGAUUCAGUCUUAACAUUUGGUGGUAGAUCAAGUAUAUUUUCAUCAAUGAGAUAUUCAGCCAGUAUUAUGUAACCAAAUGAUUUAAUUGAUUGUUUUGAAAAGAUGGAAAGAAUUAAAUAAUAAAAAUAUACUUAAAAAUGUUAAGUAUAAUAUUAUAAUCUUAUAUUUUAUAGUGUCCAAGGAUUUUGAUUUGUGAAUAAAAUGAUUUUGAUUUAUAUGCUGUAUCUCAUUAACUUGGUAAUAUUGGGAUGAAUUAUGAUUAUACAAUGUAGAGAACUUAGAUACAUGAAAAAUUAAAAACAGCUUAUGAAGUUGAAAAGUCUUGUUGCAAAGGAUAUUAAUUGAUAUUUAUUAGUGUAGAGUUUGUAGAUGAAGAAUUAGGGGAAUAAUGCAAUAUAAUUAAAAACAUAAAUUCUCAAUUUAAAAAGGAAGCACGAAUUAUAGGAUUAAUAGGAUUUCAGGAUGAUGAGAAUAGGAUUGCUAUAAAGAAGUUACCAUUUCAUGAUUUUCUAUCAAAACCAUUGAUGAUAGAUGCUUUAUUGUUUAUACUAGCAAAGUGGGUGAAAUUGUGA